UUCUCUUUAACAUGAUUGGUUUUGCACUGCUGGUGUCACAGAUGUGGUGUUUUCCGAUUAUUUGAAGUUAUUUUUUUUUAGUAGAAGUAAUGCCUGUCCCACUGGAGGCGGAGACUACGAGCUUGUUGAGCAGGAAAAAGCAUGUCAACUUUCAGUUUCAGUCUUUUUCUACCCGUCUCCGUCUCCUUACAUCACCUCUCACUGUUAUUAAGCGAGCAUGCUCAGGUUUUAAACGGAGUUACUUGGCAUGUUUAAGAACAGGAAUAGAGUGUUUUUCCAUUCGUUUCGGACCGUGUAUAAUUAACUGAGAGACGAUGGGGCCGUCUGUUAUGGCCAUGUUUCUGGCCGGCUGGGUGUGUGUUUCGCUGGCUGCUGAGACAGAAGACUCCGGUGUUGAGCUCUACAAGAAGGUGGGCGAUGACGUCAUCCUCAUGCCGAGUCCUACCUCUGGGCCCAUCACCAGUAUCGAGUGGAAAUAUAAUAAAAACCUUGCUGCUUUUUGGAUUGGCGUCGGGGAGGAAUUUGAUCUUUUUGUACCAGGCCACCUGAACCUCUCCACUGGAGCGCUGACAAUCACAGGCCUGACGAGAAACGACACGGGAUCGUACUCUGCAGAGAUCAGCGGAAAGAAGGCGGGGGUCACGCAGCUCAUCGUCCUCUCUCCCGUCCCCAAACCCACUGUUGAAAAAGAAUGUGACUUGGGGGGAAACACCUGCGAUUUGACCUGCGAUGGGAACACGGCAGGCGCUGAGCCGGUCACCUACAAGUGGAAUUUUGGGCACACAGAGAAAGGGACACAAGUGAAAAAGAACGACACUGACAGAUUCAGUGAGUUCAUCUGUGAGGUGCAGAAUCCAGUCAGUCAGGAGAGCAGCCAACCCGUCCCAAACCCGAUGCUGACGCUUCCAGAUCCUGAAGCUGGAGGGAACUUGAACAUUCAGAAGGGAGUAAUAGUCUUCGUCUGUCUGCUGUCUGUUGUUGUGCUGCUGCUGGCCGUGCACAGGAAGAAAGCAGGGAUGUGGUUCUUCCAAAAAGAGUCCCUGCCAUGGGAAGCAGACUUCUGGAGGAAGCAGGAGAGUCCACCAAGCGCUCCUGCAGAAUCUAACGGCACCACCUCUCAAAGAACAGACGAGGAAACACCGAUGACAUAAGCAGCCGAACAACGCCGGGUCAGGACCUGUGAGGUGUAAGAUGACCCAAGAGGCGGCACACUCCACAAAACACAUAUUGUAUUCCCUGAUAUUAAGAGAUAUAUUCAUGUUUUUAUCAAAGGAAAAACACCCAAAAAGGGAAAAUGAAGCGCUGUUCAUCCCCCUUCUUUAACUGUAGACUCUGAUGUGAACAUUUUUUAUGUACCGAUUUCUUUUUAAGAGAGAAGAGAACAAGAAAUGACUCUAAGUCCCAUGUUUGAAAACUGCUUUUAAAAGACACUAAGAAGGGAAACACUAAGGUUUACGCUCUUUAAGCGCAGAGAGAAAUAGGCCAGAAUGAGAUAAAAAGUACUCGAUGGUAGUCUCAUAUAUUUCCCCGAGCUCUGUUACAUUUUCCAAAAGAGGCAACAAUGGGCCUGACACUUGGGACUAUACCAGGAAGCCCUCUUUUCCUGUCCGUACCUGGUACCUCAAGCUCAUUAAACCCCCUCCCAGCGGCGGAGGAUUUGUGAUUUGCGGCACGUCUGGUGUGGAAUCCUGCAGCCUGGACCUGUGUGGGGAGGAACUGGGCUGACAACAGAGGGGAGAGAUAAAAAGGGACGCCAUUGUGCAGCGUGGGCCGCCAGCCUCGGCCAACAAUCAGCUCAUUGUGCCGGAGCUCACUGCAGAGUCCUCGGCAGCAGAUUCAUGUGUGUUUGUAGCGAGUAUUUGAACUUUGUGAAUGUUUUAAGCUCAAAGAAGGUCAAUCAGUUAUUACCUUUGUUUUUGUUUUUUUUACUCUACAUCAUGGAUUGUUUUUUGUAUUCUGCUUGAAGCUUGACACCCUGAAGGAGAAAAUGGAAAUGUUUGGUUUUUGUGUCUUUUAACAUUUUUUUUUUUUAAAGGAUCUUUACUCUUACUGUUGUUUCUGUCCUUGUAGUUUAAAAAAAAAAAACAUACUGACAACUACUUGAAGGCUUUCUGUAACAAACUUGUUUUUAGCAGUUGUAGACGUGCCAACGUAUUCACACGUCUUUAAACAAAGGGACCUUACAUAUACUCACUCUGUUUGGGAACUCAUUCGGACGGGUUGUUGAUGUAAAGGAGGAUAUAAAGAGUGUAGGAAUAUACAUUUCAUUUGUUGUAGUUGACUUCUUCAUGUGCUGAGUUGAAUUAAAAACAAACAGAAUAUCAACCUUUAAA